AUGAGCACAUCCCUCACGUCGUCCUCAACUAACGCAGUGGGGAGGGGUCGAAGGGUCACGCGUUCCCUUGUAGGUGCAAACACUACGGGAGGUGGGGUCCUACGUUGUGUAUGCACUGCGUACCUCGUCUCAGUACAGGAAACACUUCUGGAAUGUUGCCGAUGCAGGAAUUGGUGUCAUCCGGCGUGCGUAGGUGUCGACCAUGCGGAACUGCGGCGCUACUACACUGAUAAUAACUAUGUUUGUCCUUUUUGUAGGGGUAUGCAGAAGCGAGAACGUGGUGAAAGUCGUGCCCCAGCACCACGGCAAACACCACUGCGGCUUCGGGAGGUUCCUGAUCGAGCACCCUUUGGUUUCGUGACGCAACUGCGCAACCUAUUGAAAGUAACAACGCGGGCGGCACAACAGGCGGGUUAUACAAUUAUUGACCUUCCCUCCACACCACUGACGGAGGUGAUGGAGCGACAAUGCCUAGAAUGUUGCGCUGAGGCAAUAAAAGAGGCGACAUUCUCGGAGCAAUACCCGUUGUACUGCCUGAAGGAAGUUUGGACGCGCGCGCAUCCAUAUAUGCAGGGUACGUUACUCCGCUGCAGCGAAUCUGGUCGGAUUGUAUCGAUGGUUCUUUCCAACGGUAUGGACGUGUAUGGAAACCUUCGACCAACAAUAACACAGUUGAAAAGCGGUAUUAACCGCGGAAUUAUUGAUAGAAAGCAUCAGACAGCAUUUAUGGCGGCAUGCACGAAACUGGAUGAUGUCUCCGACUUUGUACACAUUACAUUGAGCGCAACGCACAAAGAUUAUCAGCGGAGGGGACUUGCGCGCAUGUUGAUGGCGCUUGACCUACUCAAAUGGGCGCUGAGAGGUCGUACGCGGGCUUACCUUAACAUGGCGUUGGAAAAGAAAGUUGUGGAUGGGGGGGCUCGAUUGGAGUGUGUAGCUUCACCCUCCUCUCGGCGGCUAUAUGAAUCAUUUGGGUUUAGGGAUGUGUAUCCGCGGUUCGAUCGGGAAACGGAUGAACAGCGCUGGACACCAAAAGAGGCGGAUAUGGGCCGCGUCAUGGCACACCUCAACUUUGUUGAAGAUCUCGUAAUCAUAGCAUCACGGUACGACCCUAGUGGCAAGAAAGCAGCUGCCCCUAAUCAAUCGUCGAUUGCUAACGACGGAAGUGCUUCGGUGGCGACGGCGGCCGACUGCGCUGAACGUGUGGCCGCCAAUAGUAACAACGGCCAGGCAGCAACACAAGCACAAACGCCCGCAGGGAGACGUCUUUCUCUGUUUGGGAAGAAAUCGUAA